AUGGCGGGCACCAUAACAGCACGCUGGUUACGUUAUUCUCGAGCCGUCGCAUUUUCACGCAGUAGUGAAUUGUCACAGCUCUUCAAAAGCAUAGACAGAAGUGUAAUCAGAUAUGUUGGCACUACCCAGGAAAACAGGAACAAGCAUACGGAUAUUUCACAGGUUGACCAAACUGCUGCCAUUCCAGUCGAUAAGCUGAAAAUAACUUAUAGCCGAAGCGGUGGGCCGGGCGGUCAACAUGUAAACAAAGUCAAUUCAAAGGCAGCAGUCCGCUUCCAUGUUCAGACGGCAGAAUGGAUACCAGAGGAAGUCAGAAAUGAGAUUCUCUUAAAAAACAAAACUCGGAUAAACAAAGCUGGAGAAUUAAUAGUGACCUCAGAGGUCAGCAGGAGCCAACACAAGAACCUGGAAGACUGUUUGCAUAAAAUCUCAGAGAUGAUCACGGAGGCAAGCCAGCGGCCAACUGAGCCGUCAGCGGACGAUGUUGCCCUGAGGACUCAAAGGUUAAAGAAAAGAAAUCUGCAAAGGCUUAAAGAGAAGAAGAUCCAUUCAGCAACAAAGCGAGCACGACAAGCUGAUUUUGACUGAAUUAAGUUACUCAUCUGGGAAUUUUGAAUGUCAGCUCAGAUAGAUUUCUUCUCUUUUUCUUAACUAUACUCUGUACAUUGUGACUUUGUGUUAUUUGUAAUAUGUUGCAUUUGUUCAUGUGUUCAUCUAUUUUGAAAAUGAAUGGAAUUUUUUCACUACAAACUGUAGUGCCUCUCUAUGAUAUGUAUUAUAUAAAACAGACAAAUGCAGCAGUUUAAGAUUUGAGUGUAUCAGUUGCUUUAAGGAAUCAACCUGAUUGAUAUUAAUGUAUAUUAUUCCUGUAUAUUAUAAUGUAUAUUAUUCCUGUCAUUGAAUUGUCCCAUUAAUUACAAAUAGUGGUGUCCUUUCAAA